UAGAUAUACCUAUCUCUGUGAGUGUGUUGUGUGUGCAUAUAUACUUUGGCAGUGGGAGUACAGCUUCAUUUCCCAAACGCCUCAACUGGAGUAAAGGUGUGGAGGUAACAUUGUGUGACUUCACCUGUUACCAUUUUACGUGCACAAAGGAGUUUGUUUAUACAGAACACAAACCUAGGACAGACAUCAUAGACAUGGGAAUGCAGAUGAAGCCGAUUUUGCUGGGCGUAGCGUUCGCAGCUGUAGCUUGCACGACCAUCAUCGCUCUGAUUCUGUCUCUUGUUAAUCGUAAGACGUUGGAUCAGCAGUACUCAACACAGUAUGGGAUUGUUUUUGAUGCCGGCUCCAGUCACACAGCCCUCUUCCUGUACCAGUGGCCGGGGAACAAAGAUAACAGCACAGGAAUAGUUUCUCAAAAACUGAGCUGCGAUGUAGACGGUGGCGGCAUAUCCAGUUAUGUCCAGAAUCCUCCUGGGGCCGGAGAAAGUCUUAAAAAAUGCUUAGAUGUUGCCAAAGCAGCUAUACCAGCAGAAGCGCAGAAGGCCACACCUGUAUAUCUUGGUGCCACUGCUGGCAUGCGACUUCUCAACUUACAGAACCAAAGUCAGGCCGACUCCAUCCUUGCAGAGGUCACCAAAACAAUCCAAAGUUAUUCUUUUGAUUUCCGAGGGGCCAGAAUACUCACUGGGAUGGAGGAGGGGGCUUUUGGCUGGAUAACCAUCAACUACCUCUUAGAGAGAUUUAUCAAGCACACAUUUGAGGGAAACUGGGUCCACCCCAAUGCGGCUCAAAUCAUUGGCGCUCUCGAUCUGGGUGGCGCAUCGACGCAAAUCACAUUCAUCCCAAAUAACCCAGUGAACGUCCCAGAAUCAGCGUAUAAUCUGCAGCUCUACGGGUACAAGUAUGAGGUGUACACACACAGUUAUCUGUGCUAUGGUCAAGACCAAGCUCUGAGGAAACUUCAAGUCUAUCUUCACAAGACUGCUGAUACAUCAACUGUCAGUCACCCAUGCUAUCAUACAGGAUACAACCUCAGUGUUACUCAGGCUGACCUAUACAACUCCCCAUGUGUGGACAAACCAGCCAGUUAUGUUCCUACGGCUGUUAUCACUUUUUCAGGGACCGGAAAUUCCCCCCUCUGUCUUUCUUUAAUGGAAAAUGUUGUUAAUGUGUCCGACUGCGCACUUUCUCCAGAUUGUGGCUUUAAUGGUGUUUAUCAGCCUCCCGUAAAUGGGGAAUUCUUUGCUUUUUCUGCAUACUUCUACACCUUUGAAUUUCUCGGCCUUAUCCCGAAAGCUCCACUGGGUCAGGUUCUUUCCAGUAUAGACACUCACUGCAGCAAAUCCUGGAGCACUCUUCUUGGUCAAUUUCCAAACAUUAAGCCAAAAUAUCUGAAAGACUACUGUGCGUCUGGUCAUUAUAUUAUGACUAUUCUCCUGAAAGGAUACAAGUUCAAUAACACUUGGGAUCAAAUCUCCUUUGUAAAACAGGUGGCAGACACAGAUAUUGGUUGGACAUUGGGAUACAUGCUUAACCUGACCAACCUGAUUCCUUCUGAGCUUCCCAAAGCAGCGACAGCGGUGCCACACAGUCAAUGGAUCGCUCAGAUUUUCUUCAUCGUAUUGGCCCUCUUCAUCAGUCUACUUGUUAUCAUUUUCAUGUUUGUUAACAAGUCAAAGCACUAAGUUGUGUGUAUCAUGGGUGCGUGCAAUAAUAUUUGUGACCCUUUUCCUACAAAAGAACAUUCUUUUAAAAUAUAAUCUUAAUAUCUAUAAUUUUGACUGAGUUAGGUCAUGCCAAAGAUUGAAAUUAAGGCCCUGUUUACACGUACAUGGUUAUUUUUAAAAACUGAGAGAUUUACCUUCGUUUGUGCCCCUCGUUUACACGCAAACGGAGGAGGAGAGGCAACGUCACAGAGUAUGCGCCAGAGCUCGCACCUACGUCAAAAGUGCGACCUAUGUUUACAUGCGAUUGCUACUCUGAACGCUUCUAAGUUCACAUUUAUGUUCGUGCAAACUCGUUUCGUGUGUUUGUAUUUGCAAAUAUAGCUGCUCCAUUAUGUCGAGGAGCAGAGACGAGUGCUCGGAGGUCAGCAUUUUUACGCGUGGUUUCACUUCAUGCAGCGCUGCAAGAACCGACAAACGGAUGAUGUCAAAGUACCGUGAGAGCGAUUCGAAAUUAGACCUCUACGUGUGAUUCCCCAACUCGCUCUCGCGGUACUUUGACGUCAUCGAUCACCUACUGCAACAACUCCUCUCUCCAACACGAAGAACCAGUUCGCGUCACCACCAGCGCUGCCGGUGAUUGGUUUACGUGGGCUUGAGCUUCUCUAGAUGGCAUAUAUGCACGGGUACGUGUAAAUAAACACUUUUCUGAAAACUGACAUGUGUGCACGAUAUUAUUUUUGAAACCGUAGAGGUUGAAAUGUCCGUUUACGUGUACGUGUAAACAUAGCCUAAAGUGAAAUCAAUGAUCGAAAUCAAACUCUGAUGCUCAUCUCAUGAUUAGAUUAUGAGACUUUUACCUGGAUUUGACAGACAGGGUCACAUUUAUCAUGUUACAGACAUGACCUCUUUUGUUCUCUGCACAAAAAAUAAAAGACCUCACAAACAGCUCAAUAUUGUUGCUAUAGAUCUAAUGAUUAACGAAUGAUAUGUGUUUGUUGUAAAAAUUCUUUGCUGCCUUAAAUUUUUAAGUUUAUUCAAAUUGACUUUGUGAACUCUAUGUUGGGUUAUUGAGUUGGGCCAUAAAGGGACAAACCCAGCUGUUGGGUUAAUUUAACUGUGAAAUGUUUAUAUUUGACCUAACAAUGGGUUAAAACCCCCCAGUAUAGGUUAAUUUACAACCCACCUUUGUACAACCCACUUUACCUUAUUAGAUUAAGUUGAGCAAUUUCAACUUGUUUUUUACGAGUGGCUGUAACUACUAAAACAAGUUGAAAUAGCUAAAACUUAAUUUCGUUAAGUAAAUUUAAAUAAGUAAGUUAAUAUGACUUACACAGUCAAUUUAAAUAAACUUAAGGCAGCUAAGAAUUUUUUACAGUGUUGUUGUUUCUUUGUUUUAUUAUCAUUAGCAUAAAAUGUGACUUCUGUGAUAGGAUUAAGGAUAGUUAUUUAUGUAUUGUCUUUGUUUGGAACUGAAGGUUGACUAGUUAUCCCUCAAUGAUUUAUUCUGUACUUGCUUACUCCAUGAAUUAAAAUGUUGUUUUUACAAACUCACCAGAAA